AAGCCGAUUGAAUGAAGCGUCCAUUUACGCGUCAGUAAGCAGCUGCAAGCAAUUAUAUUCAAGUCUCGUUCUCGCGAUUAACCAGUAGUACCGUCCUUCGGUACUCGAUGUCGCCACAAUCUUCAGAGUUUCUUUUUCCCACCCUCUUGUGUAUCCCUUGCCUCUGUUCUUCAUAACGUUUUUUGUGCUCGAAAGAGUCACAACUCAGAGUGUACGAGAUUAGAGAAAGAUGUCGAAAAGGAAAGCGGACAUUGAAGAUAUGCAGAAGCAGAUGAGGAGUUUGCGGAAAAAGCUGAAAAAGCUUACGCGGGCAGCAACCGAAGAGGUUACGAGACCGCAUACGGCGACCGAGGAGGUUAGGGACCCGCGUGGCGUAACCGCGGAGAUCGUAAAAACUCAGGUCGCCUGUAAUACUGGAACGCAGAUUAAUACAGAGGACAAAGAGAAUGGUGAAGGAAGGACAAAUCCAGCGGCCACGAGCGAGGAAACAAGCAUCGUGGACGAGGUUGAAAGCGAGGCGAGAUCAGAUUCCUCCACGUCGGGAGACGGAACAGACACUGAGCAGGAGAGUAAGACCGACGUGGAGAACACCGUGGACAGCGCAGCAGAAUCAGCGAGUCUCAGCAAUGAAACUCGAGAACGAUUGGGCUUAAAAGCAAAGCCAGCACAAUCUGACAAUAUUGUUCUGCAUCCGAUAUUAACCGCAGAAUGGAAUACUUGGAUGCGCAAGGGCCUGUAUGAAGGAGACGAAGAAGACGAAAAGAGGCGGGAGGAAGAGGAGAACAAGUUACGAGAAGAAAUCACGAAAAAGUUCCCCAGGAAAGGGGGCUUGUAUGCAGAAGCCCCGAAACUAAAUCAAGAAAUCCUAGCCUAUAUGUCGAGUACAGCCAAAAGUAGAGAUAAGCACUUUGUCUCCGCACAGAACGCCCUAGGCUCAGCAAUAAUAGCGGUGGCUAAGACCAUCUCAUUAAUUCUGGAACUAGAAGAGGGCGACAUUUCAAGCAGGCUUAUGCAUCUUCUGGGAAAUGCAGGCAAGUUGUUGGCAGGUCUACACUACCAACAUUCAAUUAUGCGAAGAGCUUUUAUUCUCCCGGGCAUUGACGAGAAAUAUCGAGAGUUGCUCAAAAAGCAGUCAGAGAUAACGGGCGACUUAUUUGGGGAAGACCUGUUCAAGAAGUUAAAACACACGAAGUCCCUAGACAAGGUGGUAGAAGAUCUCGCCCCGCGCCAACACAGCAAGAAGCCCUUAAAGACCGCCAACUGGGGAAACAGGAAGAGCCUGCCGACGAGACCCAGGGGCCGCUCGCAGCAGGCGAGGACGGAGGCCCGCAGAAAUCCCUGCGCUUCAAGGACCGCCAGGGGAAUUAUCAAUGGAACAAGCAUGCGCCCGCGAGAUCAACACGACCGAACCAUCAUGCUCGCUAGAAGCGAGAAAGGUAGCUGGCCGGUUAAAGUUUUUUAUCCACGAAUGGGAAUCAGUAACGAAAAAUAAAUUUGUAUUAAAUUGCGUGCGGGGUUAUAAGAUCCGAUUCUCGGCUCAGAACUUGAACAAAAAUGGCAUAUUAAUCGGCUCGAACUAAAAGCGGCGCUGCUUGCUUUAAAAAGUUUCGCUAA